AAUGCGGUGACCCUUGCGCUGUUUGUUCUUUCUCUUUAUUACCUGUUCACAUUGAACAACGAAGAAAUUAAGAAUUGGAGACAAUAAUAUUUAUUUAUUAUUGUCUCCAAUUUUUCUUCAAAAAAGUGUUGUGUUGUGUUGUGUUGAUUUGGGUUGGGUUUUUCUACCUUCCCUCUCUCUCUAUCUCUAUGCUUAUAAGAAGACAACACAAUUCCUUUUCCUUCUUCUCUUCCUCCUCUUGUUCUUCUUCUUCCUCUUCCGAUUGAGGGAAGAAGGAACAAGAAUUUUAUUAUUAUUAUUUUUAAUUAUUAUAUAAAUUAGUUUUUGUAUUUUUUGUUAUUAAUUCUUACCCUUUCUGAGUGAAACAACACAACCCCAUGGAUUCUUCAUCAUCAUCAUCAUCAUCAUCAACCUGUGUCCCCAACGAUGCUGCAGCUUCUGGGUUCAAAGACAAGGAGUCAAUGGUUGACCCUUUCUUGGUCGAGGCUCUCCAGAACCCUCGUCAUCGUCUCACCAUUUUGCGGAUGGAGCUGGAUAUUCAGAGCUUUAUGAAUAAUGCUGAUCAGCAGCAUUUUGAGUUCCAGCAUUUCCCUUCUUCCUAUCUCCGACUGGCUGCACAUCGUGUUGCUCAACACUAUGGUAUGCAAACAAUGGUUCAGGAUUGUGGCUUAGAUGGCCAGGGAAGUAAAAUUCUGGUGAGGAAGUUACCGGAAAGCAAAUAUCCUGCAGUUUGUUUAUCUGAAAUACCUGCCAAACAGGUGGAAAAUGAUAAAUGUUUCCAGAAAAAAAUUGUAAUUAGACCUAGGCCUGGUAAAGCUGGUUUGAAUGAUGGCAAUGGUUCUGGGGUGAAAGGAAACCAUCUGAGGAGUGUGGAAGAGAGGAAGGAAGAAUAUGAUCGGGCACGAGCACGUAUCUUUAGUGGCUCUAGAAGCUCCGAUUCAGGUGAUACCUUAUCUGUGGUCCCCAUGGAUGGGCAAAGUUCUUUUAUGAGCAGGGAUGAGUAUGAGACUAGAAAAAACCCCAUGGCUGAUUCAGAAAGAAUCAUGAGUGUCAAGGAUGCUAAUGCUACUCGAGUUGCCAUUUUCAGAGACAGGGAAAAGGACCGAAGUGAUCCAGAUUAUGACCGCAGCUAUGGAAGGUAUGCUAGGAGUAUGUCAAUGCCUGCCGUUAACUUGGUGCCUUUUAAUGUGCAAAUUACCCAACCUUCAUUUGCUCAAUAUGACACUACUUUCAAUCAGUUGGUUCAGAUGCCACCAACUCAGGCUUCACUUGGCUAUAUACCUCCUUCAAGUCCGAUCAUGAGCCCUUUCUGUAAUGGGGGAUUGAAUCAGACACCUAGGGAUCCUGCUUACCUACAGUGGCCAAGUCCUACUAUAAUGUAUGCACAUUCAUAUGACCAAUUUAGACAUGCUGUUUACCAGGCUCCAUUUGGUCAACAGCCCUUGAGCUUUGACUAUUCACAGAACUACUAGAUGAUGGCAUUUAGGGGAGGGAGGAGGAAGAUUGGAUUUGGAUGCAGAUCUAUGUUAGCUUUUUAGAUGUUUCUUUAGAUUCAUUUUCAGUACUUCUUCAUAGACCCUUGUUUCUGUUAUUGUAGUGAACCUUGGUUCAGUUUUGAUGGUGUUAUAGAAAAUUAUUGGGUACUUUCAAUAUGACAAUUUAUAAACUAGUGAAUUGUAGUGGAUGACUCUGAAUUUAGGAACAUAUAAUAUGAUAAUGUCUCUGUUGGUUUUUUAAA